AUGUCUAGCUUAUUCUUAUAUGAAGCUAGCACACCGUGCCCAGGGGCCAAAGGGGCGAGAGCCAGCAAUGAGAGCGGCAACGGAAGCGACCCGAUGAGAGAUCUGUGGGACGAGGACCUCGGAAAUUACGACGACACGAGGAACAUCGAGUUCACGACCGAGAUCAGAGCACCGAUUCUGGGAGCCAAACCGAAACGGCGAACGAGGACAACAACAUCCUUUUCCAUCCACAGUGAUUAUGACGAGAAACCACAAGCAACGGUUCGUUCCAAGGCGGGAAACAAAUCAGCUGGAAUUGCCCCUGCGAAUCGUAAGACGUCCUUGCUCGCACAACCCGCGCAGCGGUUUCGUUCACGGCCCAGGGUGAGCUUUGUCCCUAGUCCGCUCAAACAUUGUCAGCAGCACGACAAGACCGAGCCUGAGAAGAGAAGCACAAGACCGGAUGUGCAGAAGAACAACGAGCUUCUGAAACGCAUCAAUGCCACAAGUGAAGAGGUCGUAGCCAAGCAUGUUCUAAAGGAUGCACGGCGGACUACGGCCUUUUUACCACCAGAGGACACGACUGCGGCCAGUGUUUUUAUGGGCAUUUUUAGCCCUCUUAAGUGUGAUGUUGAGAAUUAUACUUCGAAAGUCUCGGAUGUCUGCAACUCAGAGCCUCGGGUUACGAAGGAACGACAAGCGAAGCCGUCCAUUGUAACGUCUUCCGGCCGGGUUCCAUUGAAACCCAGCUCCAACAUCGUUCAAGAGUCGUGCGACAGAGCUGAUAUUCCUGGCCAAAAUGGAGGCAAGGAGAAUAUUCCCCCAGGAAUGAAUCUUGCCGGCCUUAAGGGAAAGAAUUUCCGCCAAAUGGACAAGCCUAUGGACGAUAAGUUGAAUUACUCAAAUCUUAUAUCCAGCAAGCCCCUUGCGACGAGAAAGGUAAAUCAGCCUGUGAAAGUUCAUAGCCAGUCCAUCCUCAAGGCGUCAGUUUCAACUGCUGUCGGCGAAAGACGAACAUUAAGUAUUCGAACAAAAAACCCAGCGACGAGAAGUUGUACUUCAUCAAGCGUCUUGAGUUCGAAGACCUCGGUCCUAACAGCAGACUCUACCAGCCGGAACGGCUUGAAGCAUCUCCGCCAUGAGUACCCGUUAGCUUCUGCGAGUAUUACGAACCCUGCUAUGUACAAUGACAAUUGGCUUUCACACCAGGAGGUUAUACUGACACAGUUGAUCAAUGGAGUACUCAAUCACCCCGCCAGAGAGGUGUCCGAUCCUUCCAUGCUUCGAAAUGAGCUUCUUCAGCUCUACCAGGGAGCGUACUUUACAAACCUAUACAAGAGACUCCAUGCUUCGCUGGUGUACGGUGCUUUAUCCAUUCCAAAGGAUGUCCUCAAAGAAAGACGGCUUCGGCAAGACUUGGGAAUGAAACGAAAGUUCAUCGACAUCUGGGUCCAGACUUAUGAUUCGAAUGCUCUGCGAGCUGCACUGGAAGCUGUCACAGGCAGGAUAAUUCCCCUCGCCAAAGCAAAUGCCAGCAGCACACAUAAAUCGGCGAAUGGAGCUUCUCCACACGAGAAAGCUCUAACGAAGAAACUUGCAAAAUUCCUAGACGCAUUUCUGAUACAGAAUCAGGACAUGGAUCGGAGUAAUAGCGAGCAUGACACGGACGAUGAAGAAGCAUUGGCUGGUACAUAUCGCCGAACUCUUCUUCGCAGUAUGAUGAUGGUCAUACUCCUAGAUAAAGCUAGGACAAGCCCGAAGACCCUUCUUUCUCCGUGUUUGUUCCUGGCCUCGUCGCCAUACAAGUCUUCUUCUGCUGUACUCCAGGCACUGACCCGAUUUCUGCUACCUUCCUGCGGAAAUGUCGGUAAAGCUUUUGCUCAGCUCAAUUGCCAACUAACUUACGAACAACAUCCACUCGAGGAGUACGACUUUCUGGUUUCCAACCUUGCAGUUGAUCUGAGAGACGGUAUUCGCCUGACAAGGCUCGUCGAGUUGCUCCUCUACCCAUCGUCUCGCGCCGCUCCUAUCUCCGAUUGCCGAUGGCCACUCUCUCGACAUCUAAAAUACCCAUGUUUGAGCCGCGCGGUGAAGAUGUCCAAUGCAAAAUUUGCAUUAGAAGCAUUGGCAAAUACAGAGGAGGGGAAACAACUCACCACCGACAUCCGCGCAGCAGACAUCGUAGACGGGCACCGCGAAAAAACCAUUGCGCUGUUAUGGGGCCUUGUCAGCAACUGGGGUCUGUCUGAACUGGUUGAUAUAGACAGCCUGAAGAAGGAAAUUUCGCGGCUGGAACGGAGAUCUGAUGUCGAAUACAAGGAUGACACACUCUCUGCGGACGAUUCCGUUGAGAACAAUGAGCCUAUCAAGCUUCUUGGACAAUGGGCAUCCCUCGUCGCACAGCUGAGAGGCCUAGCUCUCAAUAACCUAACAACGGACAUGGCAAACGGCAAAGUCUACGAGUGUAUUCUAGACGAAUACGAAGGGUACAUCUAUAGCCAGAGCACGUUUACAGAAGUCAGAGCAUCCCUGAGAGACCGUCUCCGAGCGCUGGGAUGUAGCGAACAAUUUAUAAAAAUCAUCUCCCCUGGUUUAGAAGCCCGCAUAUUGGAUACCCCAUCCACAACCGGAGCACUUGCCUACCUGUGCUCUUGUCUCCUCCCGAUUGCGAAACGGGCCCGCGCGGCGACGGUCAUUCAGAGCGCCUGGCGACGAAUGCUCGAUCGUCGCGAAGCAGAGAAACGGGCCAUGGCCAGGGAUAUUGCGCAGCAGUGCGCUGCGGUCGUUCAAACUAGGGAUCGAAUUCUUUGGGCGAAGAGCGUAAUUGUGCAUUGGUGGAGACUUAACAGGGCGAGACGCAGGAGAAGGAGAAUUAUCGUUGCGUCAGCGAAAUCAACAACAAUGAAGCGACAGUCAAGGAUACCUGGGAAAACAUCUACCAAAAUUCCUCUGCGUUGCGUGAAAUAG